AAAAGUCACUCGAAAUUCUGGAUUGGAUUAGGUUAGGCUUUAGCGAAUAAUGACAAAUUAUGAAGUAAACAGCCUGUGGAAAACUAGGAGAGCAAAAAAAAAAAAAAAAAAAAAGAAAAAAAGAGAGAAAAUUGGGCCUGACCAGUGACCAGUGGCCACAGGGAUUCCUCCUAUCAGUUAAAAAUUCAACACCCUACCGAUUCAUCACCCAGAUAGAUGCUCCGAGUUAGUUUUCUCCGCAUCCUCGUCCUCCGAACACCACAUGGUAAUUCGACGCUUCACUUCUUGUCUUUCAUUUCGUCCCUUUCCGCUUGUGUUUUUUCCACUUCUGUCUCUCCCGAUUCACAUCACUGUUCUUCGUUUAAUUGCUGGAAUCGGGGUAUUCUAUCCGGAGAUUGUUGCGUUUGAUUUUCAUUGCUCUGUCGCGUGGAGUGGAAAGCUACUUGCUAUUAGUUUGAGUCUCCCUUUUGUUCUUUCUCUUUUCUGGAUGGACUGGGGGUUGGGAGGGUGGGUGGCUGUAUCGCUCUUUGAAAAUUUCCCGGGAGUUUGAUUAGGUUCCGAUCGAUUUGGAUUGAUCUGGCUGCGGAACAAAGGAUUUCCCAUGCUGAUUGCUGAGCUUUUUGGGUUCUUCUCACCUUGGCGUUUAUAACUAGUAUCUGGGUUCUAGAGUAGUAUUGGACCUGGAUAUGGAAGACCCGGCUCUUCUUCUCAUCAGUGAUGGCUCUCCGGUGAAUGUAUUUAGGGAAAAUAAUAAAUUGGACGAAGAUGAGGAAGAUUUUCGGAGCUGUUGUGGAGAUGAUGAGGUUUGGAAGGAGGCCGAAGAAAUUGUCAAGGUUGAAGAGCCAAAAGCUGAUCUUGACGAGUUUUCGGUGAAGAUGUUCUUCAAAGGGGUCUCAAUAACUGAUUCAGGGCACUCCGGGCCUGGCUAUUCUGGAAUUGGUGUGGUAAUGGAAAGACAGGAAAAGGCUCCCCUUGUUCAGGUGCAAAAGAAGCUUGAUUUCUAUGUUGAGUCCUCUGUUGCUGACUACUUGGCGCUUAUGGAUGGCCUAACUGAGGCCGUGCAGAAUAACUUUCGCCAUGUCUAUGCAUCCACGGACUCCAGUUUGUUGUAUAACCAGAUAACACACAAGGAGAAAAUCGAGAAUCCACUUCUGAUAGCAUUGAGGGAAAGGAUCGUUGAGCUCACUGGUAGUUUGGAAACAUUUUUACUGAAACUCGUUCCCAGCUGUGCUCUGGAGAGACCAUUGCAUCUAGCUCAGAUAGCAGUAGGCAUUGUUUCGUUUCCUGGAAGUGGAGAUAAAAAAACACAUGGCAAUUGCUCUUUUUGUUUUGAGGACAAAAUGCUGCCAAUGAUGAUCACACUCAAGUGUUCUCACAAGUUCUGUUCACAUUGUAUGACAAAAUUUGUCGAAGCCAAAAUGCAGGAGUCUUCUUCUCAAGUACCCAUCAGAUGCCCUCAGCUGGGAUGCAAGUAUUACCUGUCCAUCUCGGAGUGUCGAUCUUUUCUUCCUCAUGCUUCAUAUGAAUCUUUCAUGGAAGCCCUAGCAGAAGUUGAUGAUGCUCUUCAUUCUGAUAGAAUUUAUUGUCCUUAUUCAGAUUGUUCAGUUUUGCUAGAUCCUCGUGAAUGUUUGUCUGCAAGGGCAAGUUCUUCAAGUCAGUCGGAUAAUAGCUUCUGUGUUGAAUGUCCAGUUUGUCAGAGGUUCAUCUGUGUUGGAUGCAGUGUUCCAUGGCACUCUUCAUUGAGCUGCGAUGAGUAUCAAAACCUUCCGUUUGAGGAAAGACAUGCUACUGACGCUACCUUGCACCGCCUUGCACAAAAUAAAAGGUGGAGGCGUUGCACGCAAUGUCGUAGAAUGACUGAGCUCACUCAGGGUUGCUAUCACAUGACCUGCUGGUGUGGUCAUGAGUUCUGCUACUCAUGUGGUGCUGAGUACAGAGAUCGGCAACAGACCUGCCACUGCGCCUUCUGGAAUGAAGAAGACAACAAUUCUGACGAUUUAAUCACACAGUCUGUGCAAGAGUCCGAACAAUGGGCAUGGGAGACUUUUAAUUCACUGCCCAUGUUAAUGGAUGCAUAUUCAGACCAAGAAAGGUCACAGCUUGCACUGAUCCAAAGAUUCCUCUCCGGCGGAUUCAGCCUGAGCGAUCACCAUCCAACAUCCCAAUCCCCUCCACGCUGUACAGAUUCAUACGUGGACACCAUGAAAGACCUCCACCGGCUCCCAUGGCUCGAGAGAUUUGUAUCCGUGAUCAGUGACAACUACUACGAGGAUUUCCUUCAGUGAAGAAAGUCAAAUAUAUACUGAACAACUCAACUCAUUUACGGUUUUCUUUAGGACAAAGCUAAUCAUUCCAGCUUCCCGCCAUCAGAGCUCGAGAGGAGGUGAAGAGAAAUGGUGCAAAAGGCGGGGGGUUGUCACUCGAUUUCCUGUGCUUGCAUUUUGCACAGGAGUUUGCAUAAAAUUGAGGAAUAUUUCAGUUCUCUAGACCCUUGAUAGCUGCUUAUGCUGUUAUUCUACAGUUGCUGCUGCUGCAGUCAGAGAGUAGAAAAUCCAGUAGAGUUGUGGUUUUUUGCUCUCUUGAUAGAAAAAAGGAAACAGAUGAAAGUUACUGUUAUUACAUCAGAUAAAAAAGGGUAACAUCUGCUGCCCUCUUCUAUAUUUGCUUUUCCUGAGUUUUACCGGUAAAGAUGGAUUAAUCA